CCGCCCCGCCCCGGCCGCGUGCGCCCAACAUGGCUCCGCCCCCCCGCCGGAGUCCACUUUGUGAGUCCGGCGAAGGUGGAGGCUCCUCUCAAAGAUGGUCGCGCCGGGACCUGUCCUUGCGCUGGUUCUGCCAUUAAUUCUGAGCGCCGACGGAAGUGCAGGUAUUGAUUUUCGCUUUGCUUCAUACUUCGAUAAUUACAUGGUGUUGCAGAAGGAGCCUGCUGGGGCAGUGAUAUGGGGCUUUGGUUCUCCUGGAGCCAUAGUGACAGUGACCCUGUGCCAAGGUCAGGAAACCAUCAUGAAGAAAGUGACCAGUGUGAAAGUACACUCUGAUACCUGGAUGGUCGUGCUAGAUCCUAUGAAACCUGGUGGACCUUUUGAAGUGAUGGCACAACAGACUUUGGGGAGAGUGAACUUGACCCUGAGAAUUCAUGAUGUCUUAUUUGGAGAUGUCUGGCUCUGUAGUGGGCAGAGUAACAUGCAGAUGACUGUUUUACAGAUAUUUAAUGCUACAAAGGAGCUAUCUAACGUUGCUGCCUACCAGUCUGUCCGCAUCCUCUCCGUCUCUCUGGUUCAGGCAGAACAGGAGCUGGAGGACCUCGUUGCGGUUGACCUGCAGUGGUCUAAACCCACCUCAGAAAACUUAGGCCAUGGUAAUUUCGAGUACAUGUCGGCAGUGUGCUGGCUCUUUGGGCGUCACCUGUAUGACACUCUGCAGUAUCCCAUUGGGUUGAUCUCCUCCAGCUGGGGCGGGACACCCAUUGAAGCCUGGUCAUCUGGAAGGCCACUGAAAGCCUGUGGAAUCCAUAAGCAAGGGUCCAUUCCAUAUGAUUCUGUGACUGGUCCCAGCAAGUACUCUGUUCUCUGGAACGCCAUGAUCCACCCGCUGCAUACUAUGACUCUGAAAGGGGUGGUAUGGUACCAGGGGGAGUCCAAUACACGUUAUAACACAGACCUGUACAAUUGCACGUUCCCUGCGCUCAUCGAUGACUGGCGCCAGACCUUCCACCUCGGCUCCCUGGGGCAAACAGAGCGUUUCUUCCCAUUUGGAUUUGUGCAGUUAUCUUCAGUUUUGUCUAAGGACAACUCAGAGGAUGGAUUUCCCCAGAUCCGUUGGCAUCAAACAGCAGACUUUGGCUAUGUCCCCAACGUAAAGAUGCCCAACACUUUUAUGGCCGUAGCUAUGGAUCUGUGUGAUAAGGACUCGCCAUUUGGCAGCAUCCACCCUCGAGAUAAAAAUACCGUGGCCUAUCGGCUGCACUUGGGGGCCCGUGCUGUGGCUUAUGGCGAGAAGAGUGUGACCUUUCAAGGACCACUGCCUGAGAAGAUCGAGCUCUCGCCUCACAAGGGGUUGCUCAGCCUCACAUAUGCCCAGCAAAUCCAAGUGCAGAAGCAGGACAACAAGAUAUUUGAGAUCUCAUGUUGCAGUGACCAUCAAUGCAAGUGGCUUCCAGCUCCCAUGAACACUUUCUCCACCCAGACCCUGAACCUAUCGAUCAAUUCUUGUCAUGGCACUGUGGUUGCUCUGCGCUAUGCCUGGAUCACCUGGCCUUGUGAAUAUAAGCAGUGUCCCCUAUAUGACCCUGACAGUACCCUGCCAGCUCCUCCCUUCUUUGCUUUCAUCAGAGACCAGGUUCCUGCACAUUAGAGCGAGGCUGCAAAUGACAGCUGCAGUAUGAUUAGAAUUUAGAUAUAAGGGUGUGUCCUUUAGAUUUUGGCAUUUAGGAGUUUAAAUGAUAACAACUGUUGCUUUUAAAGGAAAUGAACAGAAGACCUCAUUGAACAGCUUCCAGCUACCACAUGCUGUUCCUAUAUUCUGAGGCACUAGGCCUCGUAGGUAACUUGGAACGCUUGCCUCUCGUCCCCUAGUUUGUCUAAGGGUCUGUAUUGGACUAAUUCUGAACAAAGUGUCUUUUACUUCCCUCCUAUUUAUUGGGAGUGAAAUGUCUAACACUUUUGCCCUUUUGCGGGAUCUCAGGGUUGAAAGAGAUUUUAAAGGCCACAGGGAUCAGGUAAUGCUUAUGUGUUCUUUACAAAAUCUCUCACAAGUGGUUAUUGAAUCUGUAUGAAGUUGCCAUUCUAAACUUUCUAACAGUUUUCCCUUAUGUGGAAUUGAAAUCUUUCUCUCAUGAAACUUUACUACUACAUGACAGUCUAUCAAAUUAAUUGAACAUAGACCUAUUUGUAUUCUCUUUAAGCCAGAAAUGAUUGUUCCUUCAAAUAUUGAUAAUGUGAAUAUUUAAACAAACCAGAACGAUGUGCAGGCAUUUUGAGAGGUGCUAAGGGAGUGCCUUAAGGAAUGAAAAGAAAGGGCCAGGUGGUAGUAGCCCAGGGAAGGCACUCAGGUUGCAAGGAACAGAAUGGGUGGGGAAACACAGGCUUAGGAAAACACGAAAGUAGAGGUAACAGAGGCAAAUGGGUCAUUCAAGUUAAUACAAAUCCCAGGCUCUGUAAAGGUAAAAGGCUCAACUGAGGAUAAUCCAGAAGGAAGAAAAAAAUGAGGCUGAAAGUAAAGCUACAUGGUAAGCAUAUAGUACAAUAAUGCAGAUGCGACAAUUGGGAAAGAGGCCUUUUGUGUGUACUGUUAAGAAGCUUAAUGUGGUUUAUUGGUUGAUUAAAAACAGUUAAUGGCAUUUGAAAAUUGUAUUAUUAAAAGUUGGAAAUAAAAUAUAAUCAUUAGUGAUGUGUAUAUAUUUAUAUGCAGGCAAAAUUUGGUUAGGAACAAACCUGUAAGUUUUCAUUAAAGUAUGGAAAAGGAAUAAAAAUGUUCCCUAUGGGUAGUUUUCAUUCCUUAAUGUAAAAAAUGAGUACUAAAGCACUAAGCAUCACUUACUCCACAUCUGUCUUCCAAGAGGUUGGGGUGUAGCUCCAAACAACAGGAAUAGCUUUGUCAGUGUCAAGAUUUUAUUUAGUUAAAAAACAAAAAACAAACAAAAAAACACUAUGCACUCUGCAAGGAACAUUGGCCCCUCUGAGCACUUCCUAAGCAUAUAGUUAACUCCUAACCAUUCAUACUUGGACCUCUCAUGCUUCUGGCCCCGUGAGAACCACAAACCUAGUAACUCCUGAGAAAAAGUAAAUCUGUCCACUUCUCCACCCCUGAUACACAUAUACCCAUGUUCUAUUAAUAAUUUGGAGGCAGCUAGAGGUAGCCAGGAACUCGAAAGCCAGGUUCCUUUCACCUUCAGUAACUUAUUCAGUUACACAGUGUAAAAAAAUUUGGUUUAUGUAGUGGAUAUAUUAAAGAAGUCAUGUGUAAAUUUA